AUGGACUACUACUUGGAUCCGGCCCCGGUUGAAGGAUCCUGUUUCGUGAGGACGGAUUGGGGGAUCUAUGUAAUCGGUGGGCUCAUCAACGGCAAACCCACAUCGGAAGUCAUGUUUUUUGAUCCUACCGAUCACACAGUGUUGCGCAUUGCGCCCAUGAAGAUGGCUCGAAGCGGAGCAUCCGCAAGCUGCUUGAUGGGCGAGUCCAAGAUAUACGUGUUUGGAGGGUGCUCGGACUCUGCUGAUUCCUCAAAUUGGGCAGAGGUGUAUGAUCGCGCAACCGGUACUUGGGAGUUCUUGUCGGUCUCUGCGCCGCCCAAGAUGCCCCUCAAAAUCCAACAAAGUGUGGUGCUGGACGACAAGAAGCAUGUUUACGCGGUGGGUGAGGAUAGUCAAAUCUUUAAUUUCUCAGUAACUGAGUGUAAGUUUGAGGCAGCAGAGGACGGAAUAAGCGAGUCUGACCUAGAAAAUAAAAACGAUUGGCUUAUGACUGAUGAGGCAUUGUUCUGCCGUGGUACCGGCGGGAGAAUACUUUGGCGUCUUCCAUGUAACUUGGCUUGGAAUGAAGUCAAGGGUUUGGAAGAGCUGCAGCAGCAACAUAUCAUCAAACUCUUCAUCUACAAUCAUGAGAGGUUGGCCAUCUUCUGGGAAGCCCGGCCUCAAGGUCCUGAUGAUCAGCAGAUUUUGGAGCUUUGGUACGCGGAGAUUACCUUUCAGCCACGCAUGAAUGGCCGGGUAUGGGAUCUUUGGGGGAACAUUGAGUGGUCCGGUGCUGUCCUCUCCUCCGACUUAGGCUCAUCAUCAUCAUCAUCUACUCGCCCCCCUUAA